GUUCUUGGAUGGCGAGUUCUGCGUCAAAGACUUGGGUUCCACCACAGGCCAGUUCCAGAUCUUCCCUGGGCUGAUGAUCAAGCUGGGCGAGACGGAGAUGCAGGUGCUGUCGCAGAACCCCUCGACUCAUGGUAUGGAGUUGUCUGUCAUGUUCUACGAGGGUCCCUUUGCCGGACACAAGGUCACGGUGCCAGCAGCCGGGAUUACCAUCGGCCGGGUGUCUGACAAUACGUUGGUCUUGCUGCAAGAUGGCUUCUUGGAUGAUUGUUUUGUAGGUUUUGGUAAGGAUGCUGCAGGUGUUUCAGAACACGCAUCACAGCAAGAAUGCGACUUCAAUGUUGCUGUUACUGUGUUUAUGACAAUUCCUGUAAAUGCUACUAAGUUACUACCGUAUUGCGACUGCGACUACGACCAGUAUCAUUAUCACUAG